AUGUAUAUGGGCGAUCUGUUGACGUCCGUGAGUUCUCUCCAGGAAGCGAAAACACUAUAUAGACAAGCUAAGGAUUUGUUUGCUGCAGGGGGUUUUGAGUUGCGGAAAUGGUCCAGCAACUCUUCCCUUCUCUUAGAUAGUUUGGAAAAGGGUGAUGUUGUCAUAUCCCGAGUCGAAUUUGACUCCUGUUCUGUAUUGGGAUUGAGAUGGCUUCCUGAUGGUGACCUGUUCGAUUUUAGGGUGGAGUUGGAGCCUCGGUCUAGUACAAAGCGAAAUAUACUUUCCACGGUCGCUCGAAUAUUUGAUCCUUUAGGGUUUUUAUCCCCUGUUACCUUGUAUUUGAAGGGGUUAAUUAAACAAUUAUGGCAAGAGGGAGCUGACUGGGACCACCCCCCAUCCCCCGAAGUAACCUUGAAGUGGAAACGUGUGCUGGCAGAGUUUGCCCAACUAACUGAGGUCCGAAUACCACGUUUUCUAGGCAUCCGAGAAAAUACUAGGUUGAACUUAUAUGGGUUUUGUGAUGUCUCCGAAAACGGAUACGGUGCAGUAAUUUAUUUGAAAGGUGAAGCCGAUAAACCGUAUGUUUCGUUUGUGUGUGGAAAGGCCAAAGUUGCCCCAACCAAGGUUAUAUCCAUACCUCGACUGGAAUUGUGUGCCGCCUUGCUUUUGUCCAAAUUGUUCUUAGUCGUCGUUGAAACGUUCACAAAAAGGAAUCUAAAACCUGAAAUAUUUGCGUUUUCUGAUUCGACAGUUGUUCUCUGUUGGCUUAAUUCGGAGCCCAACCGAUGGAACACAUUCGUCGCCAAUCGAGUAGCGAAAAUUCAGUCUAACUUGAGGGCCGAAAAGUGGGCUCACAUAAAGGGCGCGGAAAACCCCGCCGACUGUCUUUCGCGAGGUUUAACUCCUCAAGAAUUGUCCAAUCAUCCCUAUUGGUUUCACGGACCCGAUUGGUUAUUAAAGAAUGAGUCGCAAUGGCCCACCACCCCGUUGUCGUUUAAAGAAGAAGAUUGUCAUGAACAAAAAAAGAAGCUUGCACUACAGACACAAGUGCAACCGGAAAACAUUUUUAUUCAAUUUAUCCAAAGGUUCUCGUCAUUUCAAAAAUUAUUAAAUAGCAUGAUCUACUUAUUGCUUUUCGUGCAAGUACUUCCAAAACAAAUCCUGAUUACGGCCUCAGAUUGCGACAAAGCCGAACUGACGCUUUGUAAAAUUAUUCAAAGCCAGAUUUCUCAUCCGAAAUCGAACGCCUGA